UUAUCUCUAGGACUAAUAAGAUAACUAAAGAGAGAAAAUGGAGAUACCAACCAUAAACUUUGGUCAGCUUGAAGGUGAGAAAAGAGGUGAAACAAUGGCACUUUUACAUCAUGCCUGUGAAAAAUGGGGAUUUUUCCAAAUAGAAAAUCAUGGCAUAGACAAGGAGUUGAUGGAAAAAGUGAAGCAAUUCAUCAAUAUAUAUUAUGAAGAAAAAUUGAAAGAUGGCUUCUUCAAGUCAGAUAUUAGCAAGGCUUUGGAGAACAAGGAGAAUGCUUCUAACAGAGAUUGGGAAAGCAGCUUCUUCAUUUGGCAUCGCCCCGAGUCUAACAUAAAUAAAUUUGCUGAUUUCUCUGAAGAUUUCCGGAAAACGAUGGAGAUUUACGUCAAUCAGCUAGUUAAGGUUGCUGAAAAACUAUCCGAGCUAAUGUGUGAAAAUCUUGGACUAGAAAAAGACCACAUAAAGAAAACAUUCUCAGGAAUCAAAGGCCCUGCAGUAGGAACAAAAGUGGCUAAAUACCCUGAAUGUCCGAACCCUGAACUUGUCAGAGGCCUCCGCGAGCACACUGAUGCAGGCGGAAUCAUUCUGUUACUGCAAGAUGAUCAAGUUCCAGGCCUCGAGUUUUUCAAAGAUGGUAAAUGGUUUAAGAUACCGCCUUCUAAGAACAACACGAUCUUUAUCAAUACAGGGGAUCAGAUCGAAGUGCUUAGCAAUGGAAGGUAUCAGAGCAUUCUGCAUCGCGUUAUGACAGGAAAAUGUGGAAGCAGAUUGUCUGUUGCUACGUUUUACAAUCCUUUUGGGCUUUCUGACUUUGUUCCUGGACGGGUAGUGACUGAUGCGGCUAAUCGGAAGCGGGUGAAGUAUGAUUCUAGUUGUCGAGCAAUAGGAUAUGGCUUCCUUCCUUUCUCUUUCUCUUCUCUUGGGGAGUUAGAAAAGGAGUCCAAUGAAUUUGUGACCACUUUUCGCAUAUUCCGAAAAUUACAAGCUACUUAUAUUAACAAAUAA